AUGCGACAAUAGUUUCAUUCACAGUUUUAAAUUCCAAACGUUUAGCUGCUUUUUGGGCAAUUUAAGUGAACAAAUUAGAACGAAAAUGCUGCGUUUUGUUUUGCUAACCUUGGCGUGUCUAUGUGUGGCUGAAGGCGUCACUAAUUUUAAACAAUGUAAAGGUAAGCCCGCACCUUUGAAAGUGAAUGUGCAUGACUGUGAAGAGCCGCCCUGUGUUGUCUACAAAGGUCAAUUUGCGCUUAUGGAUGUGCAAUUCGUAGGCAAUGAAAAUAAUUCUCGGGACUUGGAGACAAAAGUAACUGCCAAAGUCUUUGGCAUAACUGUGCCCUAUGAUUUACCCAAGGAAGUCUCCGAUAUAUGCGAAAAUCUUUUAUACGGCGCCAUGUGUCCCAUUGAUAAGGGCGAGGAUGUUACAUAUCGUUUUAGAUUCUAUGUUGAGCAAGAGUUUCCCGAAAUAACUACCGAAGUGACGGUUACACUAAACGAUGCCAAUAUGGAGCCCGUUGCCUGUUUCAUUGUCAGUUGUAAAAUACGCAAGGGUCCAGCCUCGCGUAAUGCCACAGAUACUCUGCUAUUGGCCUAGUUUAUAGGACAGACGAACCACACGACGCAACGUUUGUUAUUAGACUAACGCCUCUUCAAUUGUUGUUAAAUAAAUUUCGAAUUUCUAGAUAAUGUAGUAGUUUAGCUAAACGUCAUUGUUUCGAGUGGCUUCCAGUGUACCCAAUGCUAUCAGUUGUUGCUUUGGACGGCCUUUAAUGUGGGAGAUAAAAAGCGUGUUGUGGUGACGCGACGAUUUGCACCGAAAAUUAAAUUUAAAAGUUAUUACCUGAGUAGCUGCGAAUACCAAUAAAAUCCGUGCUGAUAAUCAUUUAUUGACCGGUAGCUGGCCCCAAUGAAUUGGCCAUAUGGUCAACAGGUUGCCUAUGCUCGCUAAUCAGAUACGGCUAAAAAGCAAAGUGUCCAAGUGCAAAGCGACACUGCAAGAAAUUAAAGCGAGUCUGUUGAAAUA